GUUCCAUCCUUUAAGUUGCCCAAGCCCUGAAUCUUAAUGUUAACCUUGAUUUCUCUCUUUUAUGUCAUAGCUGGUAUGAAGGCCAAUCAUGUUCAGACCCAGGCGGAGGUUCCUGCUGACCCAGGCUCUCACCAGCACAUCGUCCUUUACUGUCCUCCUGAGGGUGUCUGGAGCUUCAGUGCUGUGUGCUCUUGGCCUCCACGCCGGGGCACGUGCUGUCCAGGGCUUCUAGUGGACUCUCCAAGGCACUGAUGUAGAAUCUUCCCCAUUCAGUGCACCAAGAGUAGCCUCACGCAGUGUGGGCUGACAUGAAGAGCUGCCAGAUCUAACAGAGCAUGAGCUGAGUCCACACCCUGGAAGCCAAGAACCGAGGGAUCAGAUGGAAGAAAGAAAGUCAGCAGGUUUUGGAAAAGAGAAUAAACUGCAAAGGACAAGUCAAUGGUAGAACAGAAAUUGGAUUGGUAAGAUUGAAGAGACACUUCUCACCUGCCUGAAAUGCCCUUCAUUAUCUUCUUCAAGUUGCAAGGGCUCUGGAACAGCCCUUACAGUGCUCCCAUAAAGGACAUCACUGCCAACUUCAGGGAAGUGAGAACACAGCUGCCCGCUUUACAGUAUGGGUUACUUUUGUGCCUGGAAUGUGUCUGACAUCCUGAGACCUGUACCCAUUUCAGGGAGGCUUGGGAGGAGCCUGAAUCACGGAUGGAAUUGGACAGUGCAUGGAGAUGGUUGAGCAGGAUGAGGUCCCUGGCUCUCCCUGUGGUGCCCCAAAUGUCAGCAUGGUGGCAUCUGGCAGGACGUGUUCCAGGAAGACCACAGAGACGAACUUUCCAGAUACCAUCGAGAAUUCCUACUCCCAGCAGGAAGAGACCAAACCGAAUAUUAGAGCCAGCAAAAAUAGACUUCUUAUGAGCCAGGUGGCCUACUUCCUGAACUACCAGCUGAAGACAUACAAAGUUCGAAAAGAUCAUGACGAAGAACAGAAAUGCAGAGACAGCAAAAAUAAACUUCUUAUGAGUCAAGUGGCCUACUACCUGGGCUGCCGGCUGAAGACGGAAGUCCCUGGCUAUCUGUGUUCUGCCCCAAACGUCAGCAUGGUGGCAUCUGGCAGGCCUCCUUCCAGAAAAAACACGGAGGUGAACGUUCCAGAAGGCAUUGAGAAAUCCUGCUCCCAGCAGGAAGAAAACAAACCAAAUUACAGAGUCAGCAAAAAUAGACUUCUUGUGUGUCAGGUGGCCUACUUCCUGAACUACCGGCUGAAGACAUACAAAGAUCGAGAAGAUCACGAUGAAGAACAGAAAUGCAGAGACAGCAAAAAUAAACUUCUUAUGAGUCAAGUGGCCUACUACCUUGGCUGCCGGCUGCAGACGGAAGUACCUGGCUUUCUGUGUUCUGCCCCAAACAUCAGCAAGGUGGCAUCUGACAGGACUCCUUCCAGAAAAAACACAGAGCUGAACGUUCCAGAAGGCAUUGAGAAAUCCUGCUCCGAACAGGAAAAUAACAAACCGAAUAUUGGAGUCAGCAAAAAUAGACUUCUUAUGAGUCCGGUGGACUACUCCCUGAACUAUCGGCUGAAGACAUACAAAGAUCGAAAAGAUCUUGAAGAAGAACAGAAAUACAGAAGCAGGAAAAAUAAACUUCUUAUGAGUCAAGCAGCUUACUACCCAGGCUGCCGGCUGAAGACAAGAAGAUCGGAAACGUCAUGAGGAGGAACAGAAACACAAAGUCAGCAAAAAUAAACUUCUUACGAGUCAAGUGUCCCGCUACCCGGGCUGCAGGCUGAAGACAGAAAAAGAUCGGAAACAUCAUGGGGAGGAACAGAGAUACAAAGACAGCAAAAAUAAACUUCUUACCAGUCAAGUGGCCCACUACCCCGGCUGCAGGC